AUGGCAUGUUGGAAAAUUUUAGUUGCUCUACUUGUUUUAUUUCUUCUUUCCUUUCCUCUACCUGUUUCAGUCAAAGCCAUAAAAGCUGUAUCUUUACCUCUCACAAACACUACUGAAGCCAAAGUGAGAUGUGUUAAAAGUGAGAGGAAUGCUCUAUUAAGAUUCAAACAAGGUUUCACUGAUCCCUCUGAUCGACUGGCUUCUUGGGUUGGCAAAGAAUGCUGCAUCUGGAAAGGCAUUUAUUGUGACGCUGGUUAUAAUGUCAUCAGGCUUGAUCUCAAUGAUAGAACAGACAAUUGCUAUUGGAAGAAAGUGGGAUACUUGAUUCCAGGCAAUUCAACAUGCUUGGGUGGCAACAUAAGUUUUGAUUUACUCGAUUUGCAUCACUUGGAGUAUUUAGACCUUGGUGGUAAUGACUUCCAAGGACUUACCACUCCCAAUUUCUUGUCUUCUCUAAAGAAAUUACAGUAUCUUAACCUUUCUUUUUCAUCUCUUAUUGGUGUUCCUCCUUCACUUGGAAAUCUAUCAAAUUUGCAGUAUCUAAACUUCCGUGCGUGUUCCUAUCCUUACGAUAAUGUUGAAAGAAGUUGGGUCAAAGAUUUGAAUUGGGUUUCCGGUCUGUCUUCUUUGAAGUAUCUUCAUCUUUCUUAUGUGAACCUUUCUUCGGCAACACAUUGGCUUGAUUCUAUUAAUAAGCUGCCAUCCUUAGUGACUCUCAGUUUGCAAAACUGUAGUCUUCACUAUCUUCCUUAUUCCUUCCCAAACUGGAAUAUGACUUCUCUUUCUUAUCUCUCCCUUUCACAGAAUAAGUUUGUUAAUUCUGAGUUGCCUAAAUGGUUGUCUAAUGCCACCACCAUUGAGACACUUUAUAUGGUAUACAGCAACAUCCAAGGCCCAAUAUCAAAUGUUGAAUGGGGUAAACUCUGUAAUUUGCAGAAGUUGUAUCUAGAGCAGAACAAACUUAAUGGAGACAUAAGUCGAGUGGUGGAAGGAUUGUCCAACUGCAGCAACCCUACGAUAGAGGUAUUAUCUCUAGGCGAAAAUGUGUUGACAGGGGAAUUGCCAAAUUCAUUAGGACAUCUGAAGAACUUAAGGAUUCUUAGUAUUUCUUUUAAUAUGGUCUCUGGCACUAUUCCACCAUCUAUUGAGCAGCUUUCACGGUUGGAAAUUUUGUCCUUGGGAGAGAAUCAACUGAAGGGAGCCUUGCCUGAGAGUAUUUUUAAUUUUUCAGAAUUAACUGAGUUGCGGCUGACAACAAAUGCUUUGGAAGGCAAUCUUUCACAAAAUCACUUUGAAAGACUCCAUCAACUGAAAGUUUUAUCCCUAUCUUGUGGAAGAAGUUUUUCAGUCAACUUGAGCAAUGAAUGGGUUCCUCCAUUUAGCCUCUAUGGUAUCGAGCUCAGAAGUUGCAGUUUGGGUCCCAAGUUUCCAACAUGGCUAAAGAUUCAAAAGCAACUUCAGUGGGUCAUUCUCACCAAUGGCUCCAUUUCAGAACCUAUACCUCCUUGGCUUUGGAUGAUGUGCUCACAAUUUCAUUUGCUCGAUCUAUCAGAUAAUCAAAUUGGUGGAAGUCUACCGAGGAUAGUAAAUUUUCCAUCGACAUACCAAAUCUGGACGGUGGGUUUCUAUUUUAGUUACUAUUAUGGUGUCGUGGUGGACUUGAGUUCCAAUCACUUCCAUGGUUCGUUACCUCUUUGGCCAACUGUGACACAUUUGAAUCUUGCUAACAACUGGUUUUCAGGAUACAUACCCUUAAACAUUGGUCAUGUGAUGACAAAACUUCAAGUGUUAGAUCUUUCUGGAAAUGCUUUUAUAGGAACUAUACCAUAUUCCAUAACAAGAGUCAAGCAGCUAUUGAGAUUGGACCUUUCAGACAAUCAUUUGUCUGGGAAGAUUCCUGAUUGGUGGUAUGAUUUGCAACAACUUCAAGUCAUAGAUUUGUCAGGGAAUAAUCUUUCAGGUACUAUUCCUCCUUCAGUUUGUUCACCACUUUCACUUUUUUGGUUGAGAUUAUGCCGCAAUAACCUUUCUGGAGGGCUUCCAAAAUCUUUGAGGAAUUGCAAUAGCUUGCGUGCCCUUGAUAUUGGAGAGAACAAAAUCACUGGCACCAUACCGGAGUGGUUCGGAGAAAGUCUCUUAUCUCUGCAAAAGCUCAGAAUGACAGGUAACAUGAUUCAUGGACGCAUUCCACCACAACUAUGCCAACUUUCUAACCUCCAAAUUCUCCAUCUUUCACAUAACAAUCUGACAGGCUCUAUCCCUUCUUGCCUGGGAACCUUGAGAGGUCUCAAGUUAGUGAAAUUUUACAAGUGGUUUCCCAACUACCUUUAUUUCAGUUAUGUUUUUACACCCAAGAUGGAGUUGGUUGUGAAAGGAACAAAGCAGACUUACACUUUUACCUUAGAUCAAGUGAAUCUUAUUGAUCUUUCCUGCAACAAUCUUCAGGGUGAAAUCCCGAAUGAGAUAACAGCUCUGUCAGCCUUGAGCACUCUGAAUUUAUCUUGGAACCAAUUAUCAGGAAGAAUUCCAGAGGACAUAAGGAGCAUGCAACAAUUGGAGACACUAGACCUUUCAUCUAACCAUCUCUCAGGUCCUAUCCCAUUAAACAUGGCAUCCAUCACUUCAUUGAGUUAUCUUAACUUGUCACAUAACAACCUUCAUGGCCCUAUCCCAUCAACAAACCAAUUUGGCACCUUUACUGAUCCUUCGUGUUUCGAAGGUAAUCCAGAACUCUGUGGGAAACCAUUGACCACCAAUGAAAUCAAAAAAUUUUGGUGUUUGAAAUCACUUGAUCUUGCUAUGGAAAAAACCAUGAAAUCAAAAAAUUAG